AGCGACCAGCGACAGCGACAGCGCGGCACGACAGGCCCAGGCGUGUGUGCGAAUAAACAAUUAUCAUUUGGUUAUCGUACGGUAGGUUCUCGACGCCGGUCAAAGUGUCAUCCUCCCGGCCGUUAGCCUGACAAAGAAAGAUGGAAACGCAAGCGAGGAUGAUCGCGGAGCUUCGCGAGAGGUUCUUCAAAAAGUUGGACGACGAGGGACCACCCGACUCCAGAGGUUUCCAUCCUGCUGAUAUAGCUAGGAUAAAGAACAGUGAUAAUUGGCUGAAACGAUUUUUGGACCAUAAUGAGAAUAACGAACAAGAAGCGUUCAACAUGCUGUGGGAAUCUUGUACUUGGAGAAGAAAGUUUGGAACAAAUGAUAUUACCGAAGAUAAUUUGAGGAGAGAUUAUUUAGAAGAAGGCGUAGUCUUUGGUUUUAGUAAAGACAAGGAUGGCAAAAAGCUUUUUAUAAUUAAGUCAAAGUUGCAUGUCAAAGGAGUAAAAGAUUUUUCGGAGCUUCAGAGAUGUAUAGUUUAUUGGUUUGAGAGAUUAGAAAGAGAAGGAAAUGGAAAUCAGAUAUCACUUUUCUUUGACAUGGCAGAAGCUGGACUUUCCAAUAUGGAUAUGGAGCUUACGAAAUAUCUCAUUGGUUUAUUCAAAUCUUAUUACCCAAAUUUUCUAAAUUACAUCAUAAUUUUCGAGAUGGCCUGGGUUUUAAAUGCAGCUUUUAAAAUAAUAAAAUCAUGGUUACCUGCUAAAGCUGUCCCGAAAAUUAAGUUUGUUAACAAAACUACAAUCAAAGAUUACGUCAAUCUAGACGAUGCGUUGAAAUGUUGGGGUGGUAACAACGAUUACAUCUUUAAAUUCGUCUCAGAAGUGCAGACAAAUGGAGAUGGUGUAUCGAAUGGCAAACUGGAUAAUAAAAAGGUGCAUUUUGUAGAUAAUUCACCACUUACGGAACAAAGUCCGACUAGUAUUGGAGAUCAAAUUAAUGAGGAUCAAUUUAUGUUAGCCAUAGAACCGACAGAAGUAAUUACGUUUAAUAAAGAUGGAAAUGAUAUCACUGGGACAAUUACACUUAAGAAUAUUACAACCGAUAAGCCUUUGUCUUACAAGAUAAAAACAACAUCGCCGGAGAAAUUUAGAGUACGACCGAGUUCAGGAGUUCUGCAACCAUCCGAACAGAGAAAUGUCACGGUUGUACUGCAACCUGGCUAUAAUGUGCGCGGUCUAUUGUACAACGAUCGAUUUCUAGUCAUGUGCCUCCCAUUAAAAAAUACAAAUGCUACAACGCAAGAACUGAGUGUACUGUGGAAGUCUGAAAAGGCAACAGAAAUGCAUAGACUGCGAUGUUGCGACGGUACUAUUGAAAAUAGCGAGAUGCAAAAAUCUCACUCUAUGCUAACUUCUUCAUCGGCAGGAAAUGAUCGUAUUGAUGCAUUUUCUUCUAAGAUAAACCAUUUAGAAAACCAUAACAACAAUAUAUACAGUGAGAUCAUUAAAGUAAAAUAUAUGCUUGUAAUUUCUAUAAUAUUGACGAUUUUAAUGGCAGUAUUCGUGGGCUAUGUUUUGCAAGUAAAAGUUAAAAAUAUGAUGGAUCAGUCCUGCCAGUCCUACGAGUCUUUUCAUAAGACUUAAGACAUGUUUUAAAAUAUGUGUUUGUACUAACAAAAUUUUGAUAUAUAUUAGAAAAAUAUUUAAAUAAUCUUUAAACUGAAUCUGCAAUUAUGUGAAGAAGAAUUUAUCUUCUACUACACAAUAUUUAACAUGUUAAAAAGUUUUUAUACGUUUUCUGUUCUUCCAACAAAAAAAAGAUUGAUAAAUGUUUAUUUGUGUAUCUCUUCAAAUUAAUUUUAAGUUUAUAUCUUGUUAUGUAAUUUUUUAUACAUAUAUAUACGUAUAUGUAAUUGUCAUCUAAUAAGUUACCACAUGGUGUUUUGUAAUACAAGGUAUGAAGAAAGUACAGUAUAUUGUAAAACUA